AUGCCAGAUCAUCGUUCAUAUCAAGAUCCAUUCUAUGGAUGGACCACACCGAAAGCGAUAUCUUUAUGCCUACAAAAGCUUAAAGAAUGUAGUAGUUCAUUACCAGCUGAAGCAAUUAAAAAGCUUAUUUUAAUGAGUGAAGCUAAAAUUUUAAAUGAACAAGCAUCUACAUCUCCGCUUGAAUUUUUAACGAAACUUUCGAAAAAAUAUUCGAUUUCUAUUGAACACUUAAUAGUCAUUUUCAAUGGUUUUGUACAUGUUCUUCGUUUGGCAUUAAAACCGCCUGCAGCAUUUCUAAAACCAGAAAUAUUCAAAGAUGAUUUACGCGAUUUAAAAUUUUCCGAAGCAAUCAUUGAAGAAUUUCAUAAUAUACUUUUUGGUCCUAAACGUGAUCAAUUGUAUAAUGUUGCUCAAGAACGUGAUCGUCCUCGUCUUUCAUUUCUUCAAACAUUUGAUUGGAAUCUUGAUGUUACACUGACUACAGCAUCUCUAUCGCGAUGCAUUGAGCCUUUAUUAUUCUUUCAAUUUCGUACAACUGACAAUCGAAAUUUAACAUUUGAAGUUCCAAUAAAAAAAUUCAAUGAACUACGUUAUAAUACAGCUUUACUAUUGAAGGAGAUGGAAGAAGUUGAUGGCAAACAAGCAUUGAAACUACUUGAAACAUAG